UAAAAGUAUAUCAACAACAGCUUGGACUUGGCCCGACACCGACAAAAAGUUGGACUCUUUCACUCAACCGUUUGUGGUGUUUUUUCGUCUUUUGUGGCUGCAUCUGCGUUUUUUGGGGGGACGAGAGCAUAAAUUCCAAUGUGGAGUUUAUGCGCUUUGUUACGUUAACAAGUAUGCCAGCAGGAAACAACAGGAAAAGGCUGUCUUUCAUUGCAGAUUUCGACAGCUAACACACUUUGGAAGAAUAUCAAGUGCUCGACUUGUAAAGUUUAGAAUGACUCCGAAUAACUUUUACUGAGUGUCGUCGAGAUUUUCAGAUUUCUCCCGGCGUGGAAAAAAAGUUUGGGAUUGGCUCACGUUUAUUUUUUAACUUCCGAAGCCUAACUUUUUUGGGACAUAAAGUUCGAAGACUGUUUUGGGACAAUGGAUCCGAGCCAGCACAACCCUCCUGCCGGACACCAAAUCGUCCAUGUACGGGGCGACUCUGAGACUGACCUAGAGGCGCUUUUUAACGCUGUGAUGAACCCGAAAGUCAAUACCGUGCCCCACUCUGUGCCCAUGAGGAUGAGGAAACUGCCAGACUCCUUCUUCAAACCACCAGAACCAAAGUCUCAUUCCAGACAAGCCAGCACCGAUGCUGGGAGUGGCGGAGUGCUCAUCCCUCACCAUGUCCGUGCACACUCAUCCCCUGCUUCCUUGCAGUUAGGAGCUGUUUCUGGUGGCUCACUGUCUGGCAUAGGCUCAACAGGGGCCUCUCCUCAACAUCUUCGUCAGUCUUCUUAUGAGAUUCCUGAUGACUUGCCCCUACCAGAUGGGUGGGAGAUGGCCAAGACUGCCUCUGGCCAGAGAUACUUCCUCAACCACAUUGAUCAGACCACCACUUGGCAGGAUCCACGCAAGGCCUUGCUCCAGAUGAACCAGCCUGCCCCUCCCAGUUCUGUGCCAGUCCAGCCGCAACCUAUCAUGAACCCAGCCAGUGGACCCCUCCCUGAUGGCUGGGAACAGGCUAUUACAGCAGAGGGAGAAAUUUACUACAUCAAUCACAAGAACAAGACCACAUCCUGGCUGGACCCACGACUUGAGCCACGUUAUGCUCUGAACCAGCAGAGAAUUUCCCAGAGUGCUCCAGUGAAACAGGCCGGGCAGCUGCCUCCCAGCAUCAGUGGAGUUAUGGGAAGCAACAACCAGAUGAGACUUCAGAUGGAGAAGGAAAGACUGAGACAGAAGCAACAGGAGCUGCUUCGGCAGAGACCACAGGAGCUGGCUCUAAGGAACCAGCUGCCUACCAGUAUGGAUCAAGAUGGCAGCACAAACCCUGUGUCCUCCCCUAUGGCUCAAGAUGCCCGGACCAUGACGGCCAACAGCUCUGAUCCAUUCCUCAACAGCGGGACCUACCACUCCAGGGAUGAGAGCACAGACAGCGGCUUGAGUAUGAGCAGCUACAGUGUCCCUCGCACUCCAGAUGACUUCCUGAACAGUGUGGACGAGAUGGAUACAGGGGACCCACUUGCACCCUCCAUGGCAACACAGCCCAGUCGUUUCCCUGACUACCUGGAUACCAUUCCUGGAACAGACGUAGAUCUGGGCACCCUGGAGGGGGAGAGCAUGGCGGUGGAAGGUGAGGAGCUGAUGCCCAGCCUGCAGGAGGCGCUGAGCUCAGACAUCCUCAAUGAUAUGGAGUCUGUGCUGGCAGCUACCAAGCUCGACAAGGAGAGUUUCCUCACAUGGUUAUAGAAAAGCCGAGCUGGCCACUCCUUCCUCGCUCCUCUACCUACACUCUGAACUUCUGCCUGCUCUAAUCUGUGAAGGAAUCAUAGAUGAUUUUAUCAGACAUUUCAGCAAGCCUCUUGGGACUUCUGUGUCUGUGUCAGCAUGUAAGGCCAACCUCUUUUUUUUUUUUUUUUUUUUCUUUUCCUGGCAGUAUUGUUCUGUUCUCUUCA